CAAACAAAAAUAAACUUAAAAUAAGAAAUCAAACCUGAGGAAAGACCCGAAAGGGAAAAAAAUGGAAAAGAGAAAACCGAAAAUGGAGAAACAUCAGAGAAAUGAAUUAAUAAAUUAAAAGAAAAAAAGAAAGAGAAACGAGAACGGUCUUGGUGUUUGUAAAAAUGGCGACGGAGGAUAAGCUCCUCCUUCUCUUUCACAAAUAUCUUUUCUCUUCUUCUCUUGUUUUUUUCACAUCUUUAUAACGGAUUUUAAAUGCGUUUUGGAAUCGAUCAACAAUCAAACAAGAGGGAUCCAGAUCAAUCGAACGAAAACGGUGAUGAAAACCCAAAAUUUAUAUAUGAUUUUUAUGUGAUAUUAUAUCGUCAUUGCUUGGAAGUUACUAUAAAGAAAGAGGGAGGUUGAAUGGUGGUUUAGAAAGAGAAAAGGAAAAAGAAAAGGAAGCGGAGGUGGUAGGUGUUUUUCUAAGUUUAAUGUCUUGUAGGGAUAAGGAAAAUCAAUGGAGUUUUGGAAAAGCUGCCGCCGCCGCUGCCGGAGCCGUCAAUAUUCAAAAAGUUGGUUCUGUUGUUCGCGACAUUGGAGAUCCUUGCCUUUCCCACUCUUCCAUCAAGGUUGUUUUUAGCUGCAAGAUGCUUAAGCAGGAGAAGUGGCAGGCAAUUUUUGAUAAUGAAGGGAAGGUUUCUGGUUUUCAGAAAGUACUCAAGUUGAUUAUUUUGGGGGGGGUUGAUCCAUCUAUAAGACCAGAAGUUUGGGAAUUUCUUCUUGGUUGCUAUGCAUUGGGGAGCACUGCAGAUCACCGAAGGCAAUUAAGGAUAGCCCGGAGGGAACGUUACAAGGACCUUAUAAAGCAAUGCCAGACAAUGCAUUCAAGCAUAGGAACUGGUUCACUUGCCUAUCCUGUAGGUUCAAAAGUUAUGGAUAUGAGGACACCCUCCAAAGAAGCAAAAGUAGAGUGUAGAGAAGCUUCCACUGAUGAUACUGAUAAAAGAGAGAAAUAUUCUGAUCUCGGCAAUAACUGUUCUGAUAGCUUGUAUGUUGACCAAAGAGUGAAUGUUAGUAAUUCUGGUGACCUUACAAGUGUCAGGAGAAAUGCUGACAGUGCUGCAUACGAUUCUUGUUCUUCAUCAACUUCUGUUCCUUGUGGUCCUUGUUCCUCAAAAAGAGGGGGAGACUGUAAUGGGUCAGAUUUCAUAACUGAAUGUGAUUUUGAUUUCCCCCCCUUACCAGUAACAGAUUUGUUUGAGAAGAGUGAAGAUAAGAAAGAAUUUGAUGCAAAUGAGGAAGUGUAUUCUGCUCAAUAUAAAUUGAUGUUUGAGGAUGAUAAUAUGCAUAGUUUUCAAAUCAAUAACAAUGCUGAUUUAAUUAUGGAAUCAAAUGUUUCAUCCUCACUAUCUAAAAAUGUCUCAUGUCGAUAUAACUCUGAAAUUGAGUUGGUGACCUAUUCUGAUGACUAUGAGCCAGUCCUCAGACCCAACAGUGUAAGUUAUAAAACGGAAACAGUGAACAGAUUAAGCAUAUCAAGUGUCCCAGAAACACCAUUUGUAAAUGCAACCAGAUCACAAGAAAGGGCUGCCCAAGAAGAAAGAGUAAGUGAAUGGCUUUGGACUCUGCACCGAAUAGUUGUUGAUGUGGUGAGAACGGAUAGUCAUCUCGAUUUCUACAAGGAUACAAGAAACUUAGCUAGAAUGUCUGAUAUUCUCGCUGUUUAUGCAUGGGUUGAUCCUACAACUGGUUAUUGUCAAGGUAUGAGUGACUUGCUGUCUCCUUUUGUUGUGCUCUUUGAGGAUAAUGCAGAUGCAUUUUGGUGCUUUGAGAUGCUCAUUAGGAGAAUGCGUGAAAAUUUUAAGAUUGAUGGACCAACUGGAGUGAUGAAGCAGCUGCAAGCACUGUGGCAUAUUUUGGAGUUUACGGACAGGGAAAUUUUCGCACAUCUCUCAAAUAUAGGUGCUGAAAGCCUUCAUUUUGCAUUUCCAAUGCUGCUUGUUCUAUUUCGGCGAGAGUUAUCAUUCAAUGAGUCUCUUCGUAUGUGGGAGAUGAUGUGGGCAGCUGAUUUUGACGAAUCUGCCUCCUGCGAUUUAGAGGACAUUUGUCUAGAAGCAUUGGUUGUACAACUUCCUAGGGAUUUGGGGGAAGAAACUAGAGAAGAAAACCCAGAAAGUGGAGAUGAUGGCGUAAAGGGCAGCCUACAAUCAAAGCAUUCUUUGUCUGAGAAUGCUGGAUUUAAAUCAGCAGCAGCUCAUCGUUUUUGUGGUUUGACAAGGAAUUUUUUGUCUAAAAAUAAUAUCCUCCAAAUUUGCGGUCUUGUCUCAUCAACUAGGAAAGGAGAUGACAAUUUGCCUGUAUUUUGUGUAGCUGCUAUUCUUAUCAUGAACCGUCAAAAAAUUAUCAAGGAAACCCAUUCAAUAGAUGACAUGAUAAAGAUUUUCAAUGAUAAGCUUCUGAAAAUCCAUGUGAAAAGAUGUGUAGGUUCUGCAAUCAAACUCAGAAAGAAAUAUUUAUACAAGCUAAUCAAGAGCAAAGGUCACGCAGAUCGGAAGAUUGAGUAAGUCUGCAACAUUUCUUACUGACUUUCAUGGGGGGAAAAGGCGACAGAACUUUGAGCUGGUAUUUUCUAUCCGGGUUUCUUAGUUUGGACAUGGCAUGGAAGUUUAUGGUGGGUUUUCUAUGUUGGCAUAUAAAGCAAAGUGCUUUUGCUAUCCAAAGACUCAUCCAAUUUUUUCACCGCCAUCAUCGUCAUGUCCGUUCCAAGUUUUCCUCCUCCUUUGUGGCCCCUCGUGUUGAAGGCACCUAAAAAGAAAAAAAAGAAAGAUUGAAAGUGGCUAAGAAGUCCCCAUUUUAUCGAGGUUCAUACAGAUAUAGCAAUUACAGGGAAAUCUCUCCCAUUUUUGGCCAGCAUGAUCUGUUGGCUUCUUUUUACCAUUAUAGAGUUUAAAUACUUUUUUUGUAAAUUUAAAUGUUAAGUUGUGCCUCAAAAGUAUUUUAUUUUCACUUUUUUUUUUACACAGAAGGAAAAAUAUAUGCUGUGUAGUUAGAUAAUGGUUGAACUUUUAGCUUUUCUAUAGGAUAAUUUAGGGUAGGAUUGAAGUUAUACAAUUUAUUUGUGGAAAGAAGAGAUUUCUCCAUUA